CUUGUUUCCAGGAGUAACCAAACAGUGGUUAUGUAGCUGCUCAUUGUAAGCCGUAGACACGGCAAGGUUCGAAUGAGAUCGGAAAGGGACUUGGAGAGAAGAACAAGACGAGGAGAGGGACGGGGAAGACCUUAUCAGUGUGGAGAUGGCAACACUAUGCACCGAGGAGAGCAUUUACAAUCUUCUGCCUGAGAUUGUAGAGAAGCCUUUCAAGGCACCUAGAUAUGUAUCGACACUUAAACCAUAUGUGAAGCAUACAAUACAGCAAAGUAAAGCACCAUGGAAAACCAUAGGACCACCAAAAGUCCAAGUGCCUUCUCCAAAGAACUUUCUUCAGAAACAUUCAAAGGAACCAAAAUUACCAAAGAGGAAAAAAGAUCGUGACAGAAAGAAAAUGAUAGAACCAACAGUGCCCAAAAGAACAGAUGUCCCACUUAUGGGAAUUCAAUGUACAAAGAAUUUCAUAAGCUCAAAUGCAGCUAAUGUUAUCAUGGGAGUGGCUAAAAAACCUCUACCUAUUUGUGUGGACAGGCGACAAGGAGACAAAUUUCUCCUUGAAACUUCAGGACUCGUUCCAAGAUACCUCAAGAAAAAGGAUUACGGUCUUACUCCAAAAUAUGUAACUAAACGUAAUGAAGAAGCAAAGAGAGCUCAGGAGGAGUAUGAUGCCUAUGUAAAGGAGACUCUCAGACAAAAAGCCAUGAAACGGCUCACCGAGGAAGAGAGGGAAAAUGUUCUUGAGGGUCUGAAGAAGAACUGGGAAGAAGUGCAUCAGACUUUCCAAAACCUUUCAGUAGAAAUAGAUACAAUACCCAAGAAGCUUCACAAAGAAAGGCUGGAAACACAGAUGAAACAGUUGGAACAUGACAUUCAGACAAUUGAGAAACACAAGGUUAUUUAUAUUGCAAACAAAUGAAGAUGUCAUUAGAAAAAAGCAUUAUGAGAUAGGAAAAAAGUUUACUAUCAGUAGGGAAGCAAGAAUGCCUAUAUAUCCAAAUGUAGAAAAGUACUUACAUUUUAACAAGUAUCUAAGAAUUUAACCAUAUGUUACAUUUUUAAAGGUUUUUUAAAAUAUCUAUUUUUUCAAAUAAAUAUUAUUUUUCCCCAAGUUGUUCAGUUAGCUAUAUUAUUAUAACCUUUAAAUGUUUUGGUUGUUUUUAUAAAUGUAACAUCAUGUAUGGUGAUAAUUCAACUAGAUGUUUAAGUAGAAAGAGAAUGGGAAUGAUUUGUGAGAUAAUAAAGAGUUGCUGACAUUAA